CUUCAGAUUCUCAAGGGUUUACCUCACCUGAGGAAGUAGUAGUACCCUCAGCCCCAUCCUUUGAAAUAAUGCCUUUUUCACAAGAGGAAAAUUAAUCCCUCACAGUCUGAUAAACCAGCAGUGACUUUCUUUGAAGAAAAUGCCAGUGAAGACAAUGCUGAUGUUCCACCAAUAGUUUCUUCCAAACCUAUAACAAGACUCAAGACAAACCAAGCCUGUAGAGGGGACAUAGAAAGUGUAGUCCAUGAGGAAAUGCACUACACUACUAAGAGCUUAAUGGGCUGGCUGUCAUUUAAGCAGAGGUCUGGGGAAUAUGUUUGGGAAUGGAUUUUAAGGGUAUGAGAUAAUGGUGGAAGGAACAUAAAACUAUAUCAGGCUGAGUUUAUUCACAUGGGCCCUGUGAGUGGAGAUUCCAGGUUAAUAUGGAACCUUGCACAGUUAAAAAAGGUGUCAGGAGUUUAUUUGAAUGGUUGGCUGAAGCGUUUAUCAAAAGAUGGCCUACUGAAAAGGAGUUGGAAAUGCCUGAUAUCCCUUGACUGAUUGUUAAUGAAGGGAUUUUAGGGCUCAGGGAAAUUGCAAUGCUAGAGCGGAUAUGUUGUGUAAAACCCAAUCCUCCACAAUGGGAAGGUCCAGAAGAUAUGCCCUUCACGAAUCUUAUAAGAUGCAAACUGGUAAGAGGGGCACCAGCACAUUUGAAGAGCUUUGUUUUUGCCCUUUACCUUCUGCCGAAGGGUUGGAGAAACUGCUGCUCGAUUGGAUGGAUUAAAUAAAAUGGGUUUAAUUGGGCUCCGAGGUAGCAAGGGCCAGGCAGCAGUAUUGAAUUGCCAGAGGCAAGGUGUUCAUGGUUAUUAUAAUGAGCAGCGCAGACAAAACAAUGUUUAUAAUGACAUAGCCUAUAAUGGUCAGCAAAGGAGAGGUGAAAUUUAUAAUGGCAUGACUCAUUCAGACCUUUGGUACUGGCUGAUUAGUCAUGGUGCUUCCAGGCAUGAAAUAGAUCAGAAGCCUACUGCAUAUCUGUUUGAUCUGUAUAGACAGAAAAAUUCUCAAACCAAACGAAAGAAAGGCUACAUUGGAUCAUAGCAAAAGGCAUCUUGGCCAGUGAAUCAAUUUCCAGACUUGAGCUAGUUUGCAGACCCAGAACCCCUCGAAUGAAGAGGUAGCCAGGUUCCCCUGAGGAAGGAUUUGAUAAGAUAUCUAAAAGUUUUGCUGUUAGCCUUUCUCCAGUUCUUCCCUAGAGAGACCUCCAGCCUUUACAAGGGUAACUGUACACUGGGGGAAAGGAAAUAAUGAUAUUUUCUGGAGUCUAUUGGCUCCUGGUUCUGAAUUGAUGCUGAUCCCAGGAGAUCCGAAGAAACAUUGUGGUCCUGCAGUUAAAGUAGGGGCCUAGAGAGAACAGGUGAUUGAUGGAGUUUUGACUGAUGUCCAACUUACAGUAGGUCCAGUAGUUCCCUGAACACAUCCUGGAUAUUUCCUCAGUUCUAGAAUGUAUAAAUGGGAUAGAUAUACUUAGAAAUUGAUAGAAUUCUCACAUUGAUUCCCUGACCUUUGGAGUGAGGGCUAUUAUGUUUGGAAAGGCUAAAUGGAAGCCUUAGAGUUGCCUCUUCCAAAGAAAAUAGUGAAUCAAAAACAGUAUCAUAUUCUUGGAGGAAUUGCAGAAAUUACUGCCACUAUCCAGGAAUUGAGAGAUGCAGGGGUAGUGGUUCCCACCACAUCUCCCUUUAACUCUUCUAGCUGGCUAAUGCAGAAGACAGGUGUCAUUCAUUGAGAAUGACAGCUGACUAUCAAAAACUAAAUCAGAUAGUAACUCUGAUUGCAGCUGCUGUACCAGAUAUAGUUUUGUUACUUGAGCAAAUUAACACAUCUCCUGGUACCUGGUAUGCAAAUAUUGAUCUAGCAAAUGCUUUCUUCUCAGGACCUGUCCAUAAAGACCACCAGAAGCAAUUUGCUUUCAGUUGGCAAGGCCAGCAGUAUACCUUUACAGUUUUGCCUCAAGAAUAGAUUAACUCUUCUGCCCCAUGUCGUAACUUAGUUAAAAGGCAUCUUGAUCAUUUGUCUCUUCUACAAAAUAUCACAUUGGUGUACUAUAUUGAUGACAGUAUGCUGAUUAGACCAAGUGAGCAGGAAGUAGCAACCACUUUGGACUCAUUGGUAACUCGUAUGCAUAUCAGAGGAUGGGAAAUCAAUCCAACCAAAUAUCAAGGACCAUCUACAUCAGUGAAAUCCUUAGGUGUGGGGCAUGCAGAGAUAUUCCUUCUAAGGUGAACGAUAAGGUAUUGCACCUGGACCCUCCCACCACCAAGAAAGAAGCACAACUUUUAGUGGGUCUCUUUGGAUUCUGGAGACAGCACAUUCCUCACCUGAGUGUGUUACUCAGGCCCAUUUACCAAGUUACUCAGAAAGCUGUUAGCUUGUGUGGAUCUUAGGACAGGAAAAGGCUCUUCAACAAGUCCAGGCUGCUGUAUAGGCCGCUCUACCACUUGGACCAUGUGACCCAGCCAACCCAAAGGUACUCGAGAUAGAAAUGCUGUUUGGAGCCUCUUGCAGGACCCUGUAGGUGAUCUUGAAGCUGGAAGACACAAGUUUCAGACCUGGUUCUUGGCAUGGAAAUCUUGAAGCAUAGGAGCCAUGAAAAGCUUAGGUCCAGACAAAGUACUACCGGCCUUUAAUCCCAGGAAACUAUGGCAAGGAGAUCUCUGAGUUCAAGGUCAGCCUAGGACAAAACAAGUCCCAGAUCCAGGCAUGGUGCUGCACACCUUUAAUCUGGGCCAUACCUUCUGCUGGAGGCCUACAUAAGGGCGUUGGAAGAAGGAAGAUUUGUUCUUCUUUGCCUAUUAAAAUUACUUGCCAGCACAUCUGUUGGAAUCUACUUUUACAAAAGACUAGCUGAAACAACUAGCCUAGUGGGACUGAGCAACUAACUACUAGAAUCUUGGACUUCCUAUUCACAGCUGACAAUUCUUGUGGAGUUGGACUACAGACUGCUUGCAGAUGGGUCAAGGACUCUGGAGAGUGGCCAGAAAUCAGCAUCUCCAACAGGAAGCCUACGGUGAGACAGGCUACCUCAGCAGAGAACAGAGCAGGAGAGUGGCUUCAAGCAACAUUUCUCACACCAGUCACCGGAAACAAGCCCAAGGAGGCAUCGAUAUAUAUCAUCUUCUGAAGGCAAGGAAGUCUAAAGAACAGGAAGGGUUCAUUAACUUGGAAAUGCUGCCUCCUGAGCUGAGCUUCACCAUCUUAUCCUACCUGAAUGCAACUGACCUCUGCUUAGCUUCCUGUGUUUGGCAAGACCUUGCUAAUGAUGAACUUCUCUGGCAAGGGUUGUGUAAAUCCACAUGGGGUCACUGUUCUAUAUACAAUAAGAAUCCACCUUUAGGAUUUUCUUUUAGAAAAUUGUAUAUGCAGCUAGAUGAGGGAAGCCUCACCUUUAAUGCCAACCCAGAGGAGGGAGUGAGCUACUUUAUGUCCAAGGGUAUCCUAGAUGAUUCGCCAAAGGAAAUAGCAAAAUUUAUCUUCUGUACCAGAACACUAAAUUGGAAAAAACUGAGAAUCUAUCUUGAUGAAAGGAGAGAUGUCUUGGAUGACCUUGUAACCUUGCAUAAUUUUAGGAAUCAGUUUUUGCCAAAUGCAUUGCGAGAAUUUUUUCGUCACAUUCAUGCUCCUGAGGAACGUGGGGAGUACCUUGAAACUCUUAUAACAAAGUUCUCACAUAGGUUCUGUGCUUGCAAUCCUGACCUAAUGCGAGAACUUGGCCUUAGUCCAGAUGCUGUCUAUGUACUGUGCUACUCUUUGAUUCUACUUUCCAUUGACCUCACUAGUCCUCAUGUGAAGAAUAAAAUGUCAAAGAGAGAGUUUAUUCGAAAUACCCGCCGAGCUGCUCAGAACAUUAGUGAAGAUUUUGUAGGACACCUUUAUGACAACAUCUACCUUAUUGGCCAUGUGGCUGCAUAAAAGCACAAUUGUUCGAACUUCAACUUUUUACUCCAGACUAAGGCUACCCAGGGACAGACUUAGUGGCAGCAGGGUUGCAUCAGCACUGGUCACUCCAGUCCAGCCUCUGUGUAAAAUCCAGCUUGACUGCACCCCCUCUUUUUGUUUAACUGUUUUCUAGUUUAGAAAUCUCAGAACUAACUAAUUUUGCAGAACUUUUCUUAAUUUUGCUCAUCAUGUUUGCACAAAACAGCCACUGUAUAACACAACAUUAGAGAAUGUUAAACUGACAUAUACUCUAUAAAUGGAGUGUUUGUGCAUUAGAUUUGUCUGGAAACUAUCCAUUUUCAUCCUUUUAAAAAUACCAUGUAAUGUAUGCAUAUUUAACUGAAGAGAUUUAUAAUCAUAAUUAUUUUAUUGUAAAGAUUUUAACUAAAGGUUUUCCUUUUCUCUGGAACUGAGUUUGGAAAUUUAUUUGACUCUGAUCUAAGAAUAUUGUUGGCUUUGUCAAAGUUAGACCUGACCCUACAAACCAUACCAGCUUCCCAUUUCUCUGAACUUGGAAAAGAGUGUUGAUUUGUUACUAUAUUAAUAUACUAUGCAAAACUGGCCUUAUUUGUAUAACAUAUCAUUUGGUUCAUUUUGAAAACUUCUGGGUUAAUAAAGUUUCAGUAUAUCAUUUAAA